CUUCCCUUUCUUCCCUUCCCCCCGAAAUCCCAAAUUUCCAAACCCUAAUUGCACUUCUCCACCGGACCUCCGAGCAUGGCUUCCUCUUCCGCGUACUACGCCGGAUCCGAAUACGACAACUACGAGCCUCAUUUCCUCGAUUCCUGCUCGCUCUGCAACCGAUCGCUGAAUCCGAACAGCGACAUCUUCAUGUACAGAGGGAAUAAACCGUUCUGCAGUCAGGAGUGCAGACAAGAGCAGAUUGAAAUGGACGAGGCUGAGGAGAAAAAGCAGAGGCUAUCAUCCUCCUCGAAGAGAUCGAAGUCAGUGAGACAGCAGACCUCAGAAUCCUCCAAAGAAAGCGACACCGAGAAAGCCGUACGAACUGGCACGGUAGCUGUUGCUUGAACUUGAAUAUACUUUUUCAGCAAUAAAAAGUAAAUCACACGGACAGACUGACGGACAAUCGAUCGAUUGGUUUGUCCAACAAUUUUGACUUUGUUGUAAUCAUAUUUAUCCAUUUUUUUUCCUCCACUCGUAUCUCUUCUGGCUACACUUUCCUCGAAAUUGGCACCUGAAUUGCUGCUGCCUGUGUAUACAAACAGAGGAUCGAGCGUCCUCUAAGUGCGUGCCUCGUGGAGGUGUAGUUUUGGUUAAUAUUGAUCUGUAUUUUGAUGCUAAUCUAUGGAACAGUUGCGUAUCAUCCAACUUUGCUGUUUUGUCGUUUGGUUUGAGCAUCAAAUUCAGAGUCAAUUUUGAUGCUUCUGCAGCCAGACCUGUUCUUUGAUUGAUCAUUUUUUUCUUUUAAACUUGGGAUCUUCAAAGUUGAUUCUGAAGGCUGUUAAGGUUGACGAAGAGACGGCUACCAAUUAUUAUUAUUAUUAUUAUUAUUAUUAUUAUUGUAUUUAUUUUUUGUGGUAA